AGCCAGGAACCUUACAGGUGCUGCUGUUACAACAGAUAAAAUGAGCUGGCAGAAAGGAAAGAAGGAACUUACAGAAGAAAGCACAGGAGAUGGGAAACACAACCGAAAGAAGCGGGAGCGAGUAUUUAAGAAAAGAUUUUCUGGACUGAGUUUCUUCUCUGGGUCUCCUAGGAAUAAACUCCCUCAGGGAAGGAGUCAGAGUUUUGAAGACAAGAAGAGAUGCUUACACAGGAAAGGUUCCAAAAAGCUGAAACCAGCACGGGAAGAAAUAUGUUCUUUAAGGCAACCACAUUCUGGAAAAAUGUGUCCAAAAUGUGAAAUCCUUGUCUGCCGAAAAUGUGAGACCCUGCAUUCAGAAAGCAGUUUCAUUGCUCACAGCCUACUUGAUCACUACGACAGAGGAGGACGUGGCAGCUCUACUACACUAAUUACAAAAAGCCAGAAAGUAUGCAGAGGUGAUUAACGAAUUGCUGUGGGCGCCCUGUUGAUACCUGACUACAUCAAGAAAGCUGAAGCUUGGAUCCAUUUAGGCUGAAGCCUCAGUUUGCACAAUCUGAAUGCAGCAUCAGCAACUGCAGCUGUGACGCUGUUCAUACUUACCAUAUGUAGCAGAUACACAUUCACUCAUUUAACCAGUAUAAAGUCUGU